AUGGACCCAACCCCAAAGAUCCGCGUCCAGUCAAGCAGCAACGCAGCCGACGUCCAGGCGACGUGCGCGUCGGCGGGCCUGACGGCCGCCGAGUUCGCCUCGCUGCGUGACGCCUCGGCGGCGGCCAAGGAGCGCGCGUACUGCCCGUACAGCCGGUUCCGCGUCGGCGCGGCGGUGCUCACCGGCGGGAGCGGGGCCGGGGCCGGGGCCGGGGAGUCCGUCUUCGUGACGGGCGCCAAUGUCGAGAAUGCGUCGUACCCGGUCGGCACGUGCGCCGAGCGCGUCGCCUUUGGAACGGCCGUCGCCGAUGGCCAUAGGGUGUUCAGGGCCGUUGCUGUGGCUACGGAUCUUGAGACACCGUGUAGCCCAUGUGGCAUGUGCAGACAGUUUAUACGCGAGUUCUGCGACGUCAACGUACCCAUCCUGAUGUUCGACAAGAACGCCAACUUCGUCGUCAAGACGGUCCAAGAGCUUCUCCCGCUAUCCUUCGGCCCCGAGGCGUUGGACCCCCCGCGUGGUGCCUGA